UAAGAGCAAACAAACCAUUUACUAAACGUCAGUCACACAUUAUCAACCGCGCAAAAUAGGUUCUGACUUAAAGAUCCAGGGAUUAGUGUGGGUUCGGAAGCCCAACCAUCAUGUGGUUGAGCUGUUUUUGUGGAGCAGUCGGGUUGCUAUUUCUCUUUCACCUCGAUGAAGUCAUGUGCGUAUCAAAUGUCAAUUUUGCUCCUUGAAAAACUGCCCAUAUGACGUCAAGCCCAAUCGACUGCCACACAUUGCAUGCAAUCACACCGGAAAGUGGUCUACGAACUGUGGUAACAAGCCAACGCUGCUCUCCGUAACCAAAUCGAUGCAGCUCUAUAUCCUGAGCAUGCACAAUAGUCUGCGAUCGAUAGCAGCCGCGGGAACCACUAGCAUUCCACGAUCCGGCAGAAUGCUCAAGCUGAGCUGGGACACGGCGCUGGAGAAGGUGGCCUCGCUGUUGGUCAUGGAGUGUGCCCUCCAUCAUGGGCGGCACUGCCUCUCCACGGAAGACUUCGAUGCGCCCGGAGUGAAUACCGCUUACAGAAAGUUCAAGCGGCGGCAGGAGCCAUUCAAGAUCAUCAGGUCGCAGAUUAAUGCGUGGUAUGACGAAAAUAAAUACCUGGAGCAUCAGAGCUUGCAGACUGCAUCCUUUAAAUCUGAAAAAGAGACCGGACACUUCCUGAACAUGAUGGUGAAUCCCAGCAGUGACUUGGGCUGCGCCGUGGCCCUGACCCAAAAGAAUGGCUACUACCAGCAGUGGCUGGUCUGCCUGUACAGCUGUUCCCCCAAACAGGCGGAGCCCAUCUGGGAGUUCCGAGGACAUCCGGGCAGCUUGUGCAUCGGCGGGGUGGAUCCCAGGCACUCCAGUCUUUGCGACAUCUCGGAGCCGGUCGAAAACUGCCGACUUUUGGGCUUCAAGGAAGGGCGUAGCGCCAUUGCACCGGGAAAGGAAUUGGCAUCGGUCAUAAGGAGCCAUAUGGCUUCACAUCCAUAGACGACAUAGACGACACAUAGAGUCAUAAUGGUCACCUCCCACUACACUUCCCGUCAUCUGCAUCUUCUGUCCAAGUUGCUGCAUUGUAAUUUUAAACCCUCUCAACUAAUAUUUAAAGGUUUGAAGAUUAUCAGAGUCUUGAGAAAUUUUAGAGAAGUUUGUAAAAUAUUAAAAAAAAAAAUAGGAAUUAGGAAAUUGCUCAUAAUUAUACAAUAUAUUGAACUCCCAAUCAUAAAAGAA